UAUAGUAGGUUUGGGGGGUGUAUGGGGAACGAAGGCUAUGUGUACUGUAUGGCUGCCGGCGACAAGCACUCAAAUCACAAAACUUUAUCGAGGGUAUGAUGUUUUUGGGUUUCUCGAACUCCCUCGUCUCGUGGUUCUUUUAUUUUUAUCUUUAUUUUUUCUUGGUUUUGUAUGUAAGUUUUUGGUCUGAUAUGUUGGUUCGCACUGACAGGGGAGCUCUUUUAUGCUUUUUUUGCUUUGUUGUAAAACCUCAUUCCAUCAUUCAAUAAAAUGACAAAGGCACAGCGGCGCGUCACGCUAUCAAAAGCAUGCACACGAUUCCA